ACCAAACAUUUUCCUUUCAGGACUGAUUAAAAAUGACAACAGCUGCAAGACCAACAUUUGAGCCCGCGAGGGGCGGGAAAGGCAAGGGAGAGGGUGGGGAUCUCAGUGCUAUGUCUAAACAGUACUCCAGCCGUGAUCUGCCAGGGCAUACCCGUUUGAAAUACAGACAAGAUGGUCAAGGAACAUCAGAUGAUUUGAGAGGCAGAGAUUUCAGACGUGAUCUUGAAGACAGGGAAAGAGCAGUCAGAGAAAAACGUGACAGAAACAGGGAUUCAGGCAGCAGUAAGAGACCCAGGUUAGAACAGAUACCAGCAGCUAAUUUAGACGCUGAUGAUCCAAUAGAUGAUGAUGAUGAAGAAGACAGUUCUGAUGAUGAAGAUGACACUGCUGAAUUGCUGGCAGAACUUCAGAAGAUUAAAAAAGAACGCUUGAGAGAAAAGGCUAAACUGGAUGCUGAUAAGAAGGUUGAAGAAGAGAGAAUCAGAACAGAAAUUAUAUUGAAAGGCAAUCCACUGUUAAAUCAAGAAAAACCGGUGGAGUUUAAAGUCAAACGAAGAUGGGAUGAUGAUGUAGUGUUCAAGAAUUGUGCGAAAGGAGACGAGAAGAAAUCUUUGUUUAUAAAUGACACUCUAAGAUCAGAAUUUCAUAGGAAGUUUAUGGAAAAAUAUGUGAAAUGAACAGAGAUAGAAUAUUGUCUGAAAA